UUUCGUCGAUCGUCUGUGACACGGAAACUGGAGAAACGAAACCUAUCCAUCCACGCUCGCCGACCUCCGCUUUCUGCUUGGAAAAACCGCCACGUUCGCAAUACUCCACCGUGGACGCCAACACGGUAUGCGGUGGCGAAUCUUCAUUUUAGCCUGUCUCCUAUUAAAGGGGCUGGCUCGGACCGAGGACGUGGAAGUAGUCGAGGCAAUCCCAGGAAAGGACAAUCGGAACGACAAUUCAGCUUUAAACCGGCAAGAUAACGAUAUAAAUAGUUCAGACCAGCUGGCGUUAGAAUCGUUAGGAGAGAAGGAUGCCGGUGGUAAUCACUACAAAUCGGGUCCUCUUCGGCAUCCUCUUCCGCCGAAUCGAGGAGGUUUGGGAAUGCCGCAUCCAAGGCCGCACCAUAACGUCGCUUACCACGGCCCACCGCCACCCUUACCGCCGUCGAAAACGGUACCAGAAGCAAUGGACAAGAUCUAUACUACCGGUGGCGGCAUCAGCACAGCGGUAGGUGCCGAACCAUGGCCAGCAGCCACCCCAGACAUGCCGAAGAUCAUUUCUCUGGACGUGAAGUGCGAGAAAAAUCUGAUGAAAGUUUACCUCGGUUUCGAUAAACCGUUCUACGGUAUAGUCUUCAGCAAGGGUCACUACAGCAACAUAAACUGUGUACACUUGCCGGCUGGCUUAGGGCGCACCUCGGUUAAUUUCGAGAUCAGCAUUCACGCGUGUGGCACAGCUGGGAACACCGAGAAUGGUUUAUACGGGUACGGCGCCGAGUCCGGGUCGGGAACGUACUUCGAGAACAUUAUUGUGGUGCAAUACGAUCCACAAGUUCAGGAAGUUUGGGACCAGGCGCGUAAGCUGCGGUGCACUUGGCACGACUUGUACGAGAAGUCUGUUACGUUCCGUCCGUUCCCGGUCGACAUGCUGGACGUGGUGCGCGCCGAUUUCGCCGGCGAUAAUGUUGGCUGCUGGAUGCAGAUACAAGUCGGAAAGGGCCCAUGGGCGUCGGAGGUCUCCGGGCUGGUUAAGAUCGGUCAGACGAUGACGAUGGUGCUCGCGAUAAAGGACGACGACUCCAAGUUCGACAUGCUCGUGAGGAACUGCAUGGCUCACGACGGCAAACGAGCGCCGAUACAGUUGGUAGAUCAGAGAGGUUGUAUCACGAGGCCUAAGCUGAUGUCGCGGUUCACCAAGAUCAAGAACUUCGGUGCCUCUGCGUCGGUUCUCUCCUACGCCCACUUCCAGGCGUUCAAAUUCCCCGACUCGAUGGAAGUGCACUUCCAGUGCACGAUUCAGAUAUGCAGGUAUCAAUGUCCAGAACAGUGCUCGGAAUCUCCGUUGUUGCUGGAAUCUCAGGGAUUGCUGGAGAAUCAUCAUGGCUCGUCGAACGGACACCCUGAUUCCGGCUAUGGUCCCCCGCCGCCCAUUCCGCUUCCGUUGGAAGCUUACUUACAGGCGACCGCUGGACGCCCACGAGACGAGAGACGUAGGAAAUCACGAGAGAUAGUACCGACGCCGCAGAAGGCGGUCGGAGUAAAUCGCAUAAUACGCGUUGUUUCCACGGGAGACUUGACGUUCUCCAUCGAUGAGACGAACAAUGGAGAAUCGAACGGGCCGACGAUGGUUUUUCCCGUGCGUAAUGAGAACGCAUCGGCCAACGCUGCCAUGAUUUGCAUGACUACCCCAGGUUUUGCUGUCACUCUCAUAGUGCUUCUUGCUGUGUUACUGUCCUCGUGUAUACUUUCCACCUACCUCUGUCUACGGUUAAGACCGUUCUCAGGAAAAGCUAGGAAGACUGCGACGUAUUAUAACGGAGAACAAAACGCGCCUAAAAAGUCGACGAGGUCGUGCUUCUACUCAUAAGUAAAAACGAUCGUAGCGUCUUGAAAUAUACGGCGCGCUGUCGAUCGGUUCUACUUUUGCAGUGAAGAACCCUCGCAUCGAGCAGGUUUCUUUCCCAAAACUAGUUCCACAAUUUUCAUACCAUUCGACUAUUUAUACGAAUAAAUGUUGUGAAUUAUGAUCAUCGCUUUUCCGAUAUACUACCGAAUUGCUCAACGGACUAGUGGUCAGAUCUUUUUCUAUACCAAUGUAUAUGUUCUGCUAGCUUUUAUUUUGUCUGCAUUGUUAAAGUUCAAUCUAUUAGACGUCGCGCAAACCGGUCCUCUUGGCCGCGCCAUUCCAGGUAUCGUAGAGGCUACAGAAUGUCGCAAGCAUGAUUCCGUAUACCGGCACGUAUCAGGCGGUGUAUCGUUCGUAAUAAAAUAAAUAGGAUACUGUUCGCUACGUGUGCUGCAUCUGUUUGAUCAGAGAGUAAUACGGAUUUGUGCUUCGUCACGACGAAACAUACGCUCAAGCCGUUAUGUAUAGACACUCAGAAAAUUUAGUCAAAGAUAAUCAAACGUGACUGAAUCGUCACAGAUAUUUCGGGACCGUGGUAUUUGGGUAUUUUCAUUUUUAAUUAAUUGUUACCCGUCACGUAUGUAACGAUACGUGACUCGGUAUGAUUAAGGCUGAGAUACUGCGAAAGAAUAGUUUAGUUUUCAAAGAAAAUCGUUUCUCUUUUUUAAUAUUAUUUUUUAUUAUAAUAUUAUUAUUUAACGUUAUUUAUUUAUUACUAAAAUAUGUUCCAAAUCAUUGCGGGUUCAUUCGUUGCGUUUGCAAUUCUACAAGAGCCAGUCAUUCUCGUAAAAUUUAUAACAAAAAAUUAUCUUGGUUUGGACAAUCUUACGUUUAAGGUAACAUUAAAUACGAGAGGUUCCGCUUCAGUGAAGCGGACACUUUGCAACGUUAGUUUUUAUACACGCUGCCAUGUAACCAAUUGAUGAGCAUUUUAUCUUCCUCUUCAAAUAUUGUAUUAACAAUUAAUCAACAGAAAUCAAAACAGGUUAAAUGAUAAUAAAUGAUGGAUUAUCUCCGUUGCGAUAUUUUUCUACCUUUUACGUACGAAAAAUGAAAUGAAACAAAAAUUAACUGCGUCAGAGUGCGAGACGUGAGAAGAAUGUAUAAAUGAAUAUAAUAGUCAGUAGCUCAUAAUAUAAAAGAUUACAGUAUAAUAUAAUGUUUAAUGUUAAUAUAAAAAUGUUUAUAAAUUAUUGGUCGUCGAUGAAGCAUUAUAUUUUUACAAGAAUAUUAAUGU